UCCAUUUUAUUGUACUGGGGGAAGCUGGUUACCAUGAUAUGCUGAGCUGUUUCCUCGACACUUCAUUUUCUUGUAGUCACGUGCUGGAUUGCAGUGAGGUAGAUUGUGAAGUCAUGAAUCAAUCUGACUGUACUACAGAACUAUUCAAAGGUCUGAUAACUGCAAGGUAGAAGCUGUACCUGACAAGUCCAUUCCCCGCUCAGCUGAAGACGGCUGUAUCUUCCUACCUUUUCUCUGAAUUACCGUUCGAAGCUGUGACCAUAUUCCCUUGGGACAGGCAGGCAGUCCUGAAUCUGACCGAUGGAAGUCUGCGCACUCACUGUGCUGAUGGUCCUCGGAUUAACGCCGGGUGUGUCUACCAUUGUUUUUGGCUGGUUGGCUCGCCGGAGGUUUAGUGGGACGGGCCAGCAAGCUGGACCAGAAAUUGAGUGGCUGAGUGGGAGAAUGGAAUCUGUAGUCAAGAAGCCAGGAAGUGAGCGAAGGAUCUCCGUGGGGGCAGAGGUCAGCUGGGGAGUGGAAGUGACAGAGGAGAGGAAGGUCAAGAUGCGAAAGGGGACAGCCAAGAUGAUUCCGAACAACAAGAAGAUUCAGGCAGGCAGAGAAGUGGACUGGGGCGACACAAAGGCAACAGAGGGGCUUCCGGAGUUAGAACACCGUUGUCUGAAGAUAGGACAGUCAAUCAAGAAAUUGAAAAGAUGAGUCCUUAUAUUUCAUCAAAAACAGAUGUCUGGAAUCUCAAUUCUUAUGGAGUAGAUGAAGUACUGAUUGACAACAUCCAGGAGUUGAAGCCAGGUCAUCAGUCAGAGGUCAAGCAGUGGUGCACCAAGGAGAUGCCCACCAGCAUCUCCUUCACCAUUGUCUUCAAAGGCAGGAAGAAAAACGUGGACCUGGUAGCCGUCAAUGCUACAGAAGCCUGCCUCUGGAUCUAUGUCUUCACCAAAUUCAAGAAGAGAGACUGCAGCAUCAACAAGAGAGUGCGACUAGACCAAUAUUGAUUGCGAUGUGUGCCAGGGGUUACACCACGGAGGGAGGGUGCCACUUUGCCAAUUGUCUUCUCUAACAGUGGCUCUCGAGUCUGCUCCCACCCUGUGUAGAAGGUCAAAGCAGAAGCCACAUGGGAAUAAACUCCCGUCCAAGUCAUGUUUCCUUACAUAAGACAAUAAUGCAGUGGUUGUCAAUAUUUUUGAUACAACCUGGAUGUUUUAAUAGUUUCAGAUCACUAGUACGUGUUGUGAGAUUUGUUAACUUGGUGGCAGCAGUACAAUGCAAUACAUGAUAAAAACAAGAAAAAUAAUUGAAUUACAGUAAAUAUAUAUGUAUAUUCAGUAGUUAAA